AUGGAGUGGGCCGGGGAGAUGGAGGGCGAAGGCGGCGGUGGCGGCGGAGUGAUCCGGGAGCUGUGCCGGGCCUUCGGCCGCUACCACCGCUACCUGGGCCGGCUGCACCAGAACCUGCGCGACACCAAGGAGUUCUUCCGCGACAUCAAAGGCCCCCCCGGGGACCCGCCCCUCACCGCCCUGCUAAACCACGGGCAGUUGAGCUGCAUUUCCUUCCCUCCCCAUGAAGAGGAAUACCUGCAGCUGAGCGUGACUUGUCUCCCCUGCAUCCUUCUCCUUGGGCAAGACUGCAGUGCCAAAGGCCAGCUGCUCAACCUGCUCCUGGGGGAGCGGGUGUUGCCCACCACCAAGAUGACCAACGAGGAGACCUGCAAGCGGCGGCGCCUCCGCUUCACCCACGGGAACCAGAUGCGGGUCAGCCUGGCGCUGCCCGGGCAGUACGAGCUGGUGCAAGCGCUGGCCGCUCACCAGGGCAAAUGGGAGACCAUCCCCGAGGAGGAUCUGGAGGUUCACGAGGACAAUGAGGACCCAGCCCUCCUCCUGGCAGAACUGGAGGUGACCAUGCACCACCCCCUGUUACAGGAAGUGGACAUCGUGGUGGCCCCGUGUCGGGGCUUCCAGCCGGCCGCAGACACGCUGGGCGAGUUUGUGAGCGGCGGCGGCGUCCUGCCCGUGGUGGCCUACGCUCUCAGCGCCGACGCGCUGUCGGACGGGGACGAGCGGGAACUGCGGGAGAUCCGGGAACGUUUCUCCGGGCCCGUGUUCUUCUUCAGAGUGCCCAGACCGGGCCCCGAGCGGAUCCCCACCCCCAGGAGGACGGCGCCCGACAGGUCCCCCCUCCAUCGCCAGCUCGUGGAUCUGGACUACCUGAGCGGCGGGGGCGGCCCGGCCGCCAAGGCCCAGAGCGUGCUGGUCGAGCAGAGCGAGAAGCUGCGGCUCCUGAGCCCCUUCUGCCAGCAGGUACUUCAGGCCCACCUGGUGGAAGCGGCCACGGGCCUGAACUCCGUGCACUGCCGCUGCUUGGACAUCUUCAUCAACCAGGCCUUCGACAUGCAGCGGGACCUGCAGAUCACCCCCAAGCGCCUCGAGUACACGCGCAAGAAGGAGAACGAGCUCUACGAGUCCCUCAUGGGGAUCGCCAACCGCAAGCAGGAGGAGAUGAAAGACAUGAUCGUGGAGACGCUCAACGCCAUGAAGGAGGAGCUGCUCGAAGAUGCCGCCGACAUGGAGUUCAAAGACAUCAUCAUCCCCGAGAACGGCGAGCCCGUGGGGACCAAAGAGAUCAAGUGCUGUAUCCGGCAGAUCCAGGAGCUCAUCAUCUCGCGGCUCAACCAGGCUGUGGCCAACAAGCUGAUCAGUUCCGUGGAUUACCUGCGUGAGAGCUUCGUGGGCACCCUGGAGCGAUGCCUGCGGAGCCUGGAGAAGUCUCAGGACGUGUCUGUCCACAUCGCCAGUAAUUAUCUCAAGCAGAUCUUAAAUGCUGCCUAUCACGUCGAAGUCACUUUUCACUCAGGGUCGACGGUGACCAGGAUGCUGUGGGAGCAGAUCAAACAGAUCAUCCAGCGGAUCACUUGGGUGAGCCCUCCGACCAUCACCCCGGAAUGGAAGCGGAAGGUGGCCCAGGACGCCAUCGAGAGCCUCAGCGCCUCCAAGCUGGCCAAGAGCAUCUGCAGCCAGUUCCGAACCCGGCUCAACAGCUCGCACGAGGCAUUUGCCUCCUCUCUGCGGCAGUUGGAAGCCGGUCACUCGGGCAGGCUGGAGAAGACGGAAGAUCUGUGGCUCAAGGUGCGCAAAGAUCACGCCCCCCGCCUGGCUCGUCUCUCCCUGGAGAGCCGCUCCCUGCAGGAUGUCUUGCUUCAUCGAAAACCCAAGCUGGGCCGGGAGCUGGGCCGAGGGCAGUAUGGUGUGGUCUACCUGUGUGACAGCUGGGGCGGCCAUUUCCCCUGCGCCCUCAAAUCAGUCGUCCCCCCAGACGAGAAGCACUGGAACGACCUGGCGCUGGAGUUUCACUAUAUGAGGUCUCUGCCUAAGCACGAGCGACUGGUGGAUCUCCACGGCUCCGUCAUCGACUACGGCUACGGGGGAGGCUCCAGCAUCGCUGUCCUGCUCAUCAUGGAGCGGUUGCACCGGGAUCUUUACACGGGGCUGAAGGCCGGGCUGACCCUGGAGACGCGCCUGCAGGUUGCCCUAGAUGUGGUGGAGGGAAUCCGCUUUCUUCAUAGUCAGGGACUCGUCCACCGUGACAUCAAACUGAAAAAUGUGCUGCUGGACAAACAGAACCGAGCCAAGAUCACAGACCUGGGUUUCUGUAAACCAGAGGCCAUGAUGUCCGGCAGCAUCGUGGGAACCCCGAUUCACAUGGCCCCAGAGCUCUUCACAGGAAAGUACGAUAACUCCGUGGACGUCUACGCUUUUGGGAUCCUAUUCUGGUAUAUCUGCUCGGGCUCUGUCAAGCUCCCAGAGGCGUUUGAGAGGUGCGCCAGCAAGGACCAUCUCUGGAAUAACGUACGAAGAGGUGCCCGUCCCGAGCGUCUCCCGGUGUUCGACGAGGAAUGCUGGCAACUGAUGGAGGCCUGUUGGGAUGGGGACCCUUCCCAGCGGCCCCUCCUGGGCAUUGUCCAACCCAUGCUUCAGGGCAUCAUGGACCGGCUGUGCAAUUCCACCUCAGAGCGAUCGGGCAGGGGGCUGGACGACUCGACUUGAGAGCGCGGAAGGACCUCUCCCUUUUUCUUUCACACGCUCUUUUUUUUUUUUCUGGUCACGGAGAGAUAUCGAUCCCCUUAAAAGCUGCAGAGGGCUCCCAGGGGAAUCGUUUUUUUCUGGGGAACUCAGGUCCACCUGGAGACCGCCCAGAGGAAUGGUGAGGAGCUGAACAACUGCCCCACCCUCACUGUCCCCUUGGGAAAAGACGCCCCAGAUCCAGGGGCAAAGCCAAAAAGCGGGAGAGACCCCCACCCCACCCCACCCUGCAAGGCUGGGGACUGUCGGGGAACCCCUCCGCAAGCACCCCCGGCCUCCAGGAACCACAGCCGAAGCCCCCAUUGGGAUGACAUCGUGCCAGGAGUUCCAAGAACCGCUUCUGCCGCCGUCGCCACCGCUACAAACUAGGCAAAAUCUAGGUCAGGCCAACCCUCGGAACGGCAAAUGUGGGCGAGGGGAUGAUGGGAGAGGGCUCAGAGAGAAGCCGAAGUGACUUUGGCCCAGCUGAUGCCUGCAGGCCACAAGCCAGGCCUCUUGGGCUCCUUUGGCAGGAUGCUUUGGGUGGUGAGGUGGCUGCAAACCAAGCCAACACUGCCCCUCCUCACAGCAAGCUCUCGGCAUGUUUACAUUUCCCUAGGAUGUGCGGAUGCACGUUUCGCAGCGGGGAGGGGUUCCCGGUUACAUAGCCCAGUGACAAAGAAAACUGACGGAAUAAGCUAUUGGAUUUUGAGUAAUUACUAACCCCAAAGUCCACAACUCCUGCACGUGACAUCUCCCCUUUUCUGGAAUCUUGGGUGUGGGGAGGAGGAUCGAUGAUGGGACUGUCUGAGCAGGCCUGGCCUACCGUGACGGUGUUUGCGGGAGAAACCCUCUCUUCCCCCAAGGGCACGUGGGAUGGGAAAAGCACUCAGGAGGUCAUUAGCGAAGACCCAGUUGACCGUUAUCCAGGGCCACCGAGAAGACUCCGAUUCAUUUUUAAAACUUUAAAAAAAAAUCCCGUUCCUUACGUUUGAACCGAACGCACUGACAUUUUUAAACUCUGCUAGCUUUUUAACGAUGCCGUUAGUCCUUUUUCGCCUUUUCUUUCUAUUUUUAAGAGUCAGGAAGAACAAAAAAAAGAGCAGAUGGGAGAGAAAACAAGACUGUGUAGUUGUCUGUCAGUCCAGGGGAGUCUCCUUCCCCUUUGAUGGGUGAGUAGGGACAGGAUGGGCUGGAAUUGAGGUGAUUCCAAGUGAGUGCUUGUUCCAUGGUGUCAGUCGGCGGGGACGAGGGAACCCGUUCCCCCUUCAUCUUGGCUCUCCAACCUCACCCGUGUUGGUUUCUAAGCAUGCGGGACAUGGCGAUUCCCUGGUCCCCAGUACCAUGAGGUAACUAAUGGUUCUGCUGUCCACCGAUCUCCCUGGGAGGUGUCCACAAUGCUGGGGGCCGGGGGGCAAAGUUGAUGUUGCUUUGGCCCUUGUAAUCAGCCAGGCGCUCCAAAGGCCUGGUGACCACCCCUCCGGCGACCUCCGGAAUGUUAACUUGCAACCAAGGAUGAGAUCCAGAGACUUUUAAGGUGGCUUAUUCAGGCCCAGUUGGUCUCUUGAGCUGCUCCCCAAAUUGCUUUGAAGAACCCCCUGCCUCAGAGACCCCCAUUUGAUGCACGUUUGAAAUGGACAGCUGGCGGCACUUCCACCCCGUGGUCUUAUUGUCGAGGGGCACCCGCCCAUCCGGAAAAGGAUGUUGACAUCUUUCCUCCAGUUAGGCCCAUGGUGAGGAAAUAUCCCACUGCCAUCUUUGUCCGUGCCCCUCCUGUCGUGCCAGUAUUAACUAGUUUCUUUCUUGUGCAUAAUUCUAGUGCGGAGAGCUUGCUAUUAAAUUUGAAAAGGUGAGGUCUAGCUUUUUUCUUUGGCUUAUCUCACCUUUUGGAUAGGGAGAGGGUAGGAUAUGAAGGCAGAAACAAUGAUUAAAUCAAAAGGAAACAAUCUGUUUGGAGCUUAAAGCCUAGUUUUGUAUUGUUUCCUCACCUAGGCAUUCCCUGACUUUUUAACCCUUUUAAUAGUCCUUGUGGCCCAAAAUCUCCUGUAAAUCUCAAGACUGUUCCGUGAUCACAGCUCAGAGCUCCGUGUGCUUUGGUAGCCAAAGCUCACAAUCGUAUUCACACCCUCAAAACUGAUAUUUUUGGGAUGCGGGAUGGGAGUGAGGAGAGGGUAAGGGGAGCUUGUUGACCUGAUUCCUGUGGGUCUGGUCUUUCAGUAGGUGUCAGUGCCCUGACCAACUUCAAGGAAGUAUUUCUUCAUUCUCAUUGAAAAUAAUAACACUGAGAAAAGCAAAGAGUAAUCUGAAAGUCCCUUUCCAGACAAAGUCCACGUUUGGGUCCUUUGGGGAUGAUUUUAAAUUCCUAGCCGUCUAGAAUGCAGGAAUGAAUGUGUAUAAGUGUUUCUGUCGUAUAACCUCAUUAGCUGAUCCUGCUGUGUCGGCUUCCUCUUUCUCGGAUACUUUGAGCUCUAGGCAUGCCACGAAGCCUACUGUACUGUAAAAUCAUUUAGAAGACACUAGAUUGUUUCAGUGACUUCUCCUCCUGACUCUCCAGUUGAAAGAACUCAGUGAGGUUCCCUGAAGGCUUUAGGUCCUGCCCUCCUUUAUACUGGGGUCAGGGAGGAGCAAGGGCAGGGGAGUAUGUGGGAGAGUGGGCUGGCUCUCACCACUGCUCUGCUCUGCCGUCUUCUAAACACCAAAGCCAGGCCAGGCUCCAGCCUGGGCCCUGGGGCUUGACGUUUCUCAGAAGCACUUGAAAUGCCAGACUCCCUGUUGGCUUCAGAAAUGUGGGCACCCUCCCCUCGCUCCCCUUAGCCUCUGGCGCCCAGGCUUUGGCAGAGAGGAGAUUGGGUUUGGGGGCCCUGGAUCGAAAGCCCUUCUGCCUCACUUCCAGAGUGCACUAUGUGAGCCGGGGUGGACCAGAUUGCCGUGAUUUGAGGAGCGGUGGUAGCGGAGGCUUCUGGAGGAUACCCUCCUCCUUCUUCCCCAGGGGGACACGGGCUGGACCUGGAAGGGGAGUAUCUUUUAUGCAAACCUCUCGCCUCGUUUCAGCUUAUCGUCCUGGGACGGUGAUCUGGGAUCAGAGGAGCGGUCACUACGGCCCCUUUGGGGAGCGGAAGAUUCUGGGGAACCAGGACCCAAAGAGCAGCGACAGCCCGUCUGGUUCUCUCAAAACACUACUUGGGCUCAAAGUCAGCUCGAAAGUGCAUUCCCCGUAAUGGGAGAUUAAAAACACAGGCCGGGUCCGGCUCUCGGGGGCCUUUUGGAUGCUUUCCGGAAUGGCUGUAGUUAGCAGGGGUGACUCUCAAAGACUUUCGGGGGCAGAGGCUUUUUGUCCUGGGAGGUGAAUUGUUGGGAGCCUUCUAGGCAAGGCAGGGAAGAGAUAUACAUGUGAGUAGGGGAGGGGGUGCCAGCCAGUUUUCCUCAUGGAAAACUGCCAGUGCUAGUGCCCAUCCCUCGACGGGUUGAUCUGGGUUCCUCUUAGAAACCAAAGGGGAACCACUUCCCCGGGGCUCGUCUGGCCUACUGAUGCUCUUCUUGCCUUUCUUUGAAAGCACCUGGGGUUGGAGUUUACACAUGGUGAUGCCCAAAUGCCCUAGUCUUUGCGAAGCUGGGCAGCACUGAGGGAAUAGGUGGCACUCCUGUCCUCUCGAUCAUUGUGUGAUUUCACAUCUGGAUUUUCUGGGAAAUUGAUUUCCAUCGUUCCCCGAAACAGAGUUUUAUUGCUCUAAUGCGCUCCGUUGUGUGUGCGUGUGUGUGUUUGUGUGUGUGUGUAAGUGUGUAGGGGAGGCGAGAGGAAUCUGCGUUGAAAACUCCUUCAGGAGUUAAAAUAGCACUACUGUUCUUAAAGAGUUUCAUUUUUGAACAUUCAGAGCUUUAUUUACUUCCAAUCAAAUUGGGGCUGGUGUGGGUGGGAGGGGAAGGGCCAGCAGAGCCCAGGCACCUGGUAUAGGGGUGAGUGGUGGAAGACAGUAAAUGCACAGUUGGACCAGAUGGCUUGUUGUGUGGCCUUUUUAGUUUGCCUAAAGAGACUGCUCUUUUAAAAAAAAAAAUUUUUUUUUCAAACGCGGGUGUUGUACUACAGUGUUAAAGAAAAAUGGAACCAACUUACUAAGUGUGUGGGAUAAAAGUGCAAUAACAAAUGAAAAUUCCUUUGGAACAAACUUGGAUCCUUCUUCUCUCUUCCCCUUUGUGCUACAAGGCGGCUCUUUCUAUAAUUACCGCAGGGCCAUAUUAUGUGUGUGUAUUUUUAAGAGACGCGACUGUGGGUUGCGACUUCUUUCCCCGUCAUUUUGAAUGGUUGGGCUUGGUUUUUAUAAAAUAUUAUGUAUAAUUGUUAGGAUGCACAGGACCCCCCCCCCACCACCAUGUGCUGUAUAAUAAAGAUCACAUUAACGUUU